GCGAAUCUUCUACUACUGCCUGCGCCGGACAUAUAUAUUUCUCGUCUUCGCCGCCAUCAUCAACCUCACCAUCUCCCAGUCACUCGCAUUACCUCAGGUGGACGCACAAUAUGUCUUUCGUUCUCAGGAGACCCUUUGCGGUCUCCUCCAACGCCUUUAAACAGUUCAGCAAGCCUUCCACCUUGCUCCGCAGUUUUCAUUCUAGCCCCAAGUCAUCGAACUCAUUCUUUACCCCUCGGACGACCACUGUCAAUCCUCAGUCACUCCUCAAGUCCGCAGCUCUUCGCAAUGGCUUCAAGCGCGGCUAUCAGACCCCAUCCUAUCAACCUGCGAACCCAACUUCGAGCGGCAACUUGACAACACGGCUUCUAUACGGCGCUGCAUUGCUCGGAGGCACCAUUGUCGCAACGAACAUGAUCUUCAACCGCGAAACAAGAGAAGAUGGUGGCAUGCCUGACUACGAACGAGAAUACUUGAACCAGACCUUCAUGCACACAGGUUUGGGCGUCGGUAUCAUUGGUAUUGCCGCCCGCACUUUGCAUGCAAGUGGUUGGAGCUAUAGACUGAUGGCCACAAACCCUUGGUUGGUCAUUGGUGUGGGUCUCGCAGCCAGCAUCGGUACAAUGUACGGAACGUUCUACACUCAUCCUGACAACUACGUGCAGAAGUACGCCCUCUGGACUGCCUUCAACGUGACGCAAGCUGCCAUCCUCACUCCGCUGAUGUUCAUGUCUCCGGCAAUCCUGGCUCGCGCAGGUCUCUAUACGGUCGGCAUGAUGGGCAGCAUUGCGUUCGUUGGUGCUACUGCCAAGCAAGAGAAGUAUCUAUACCUUGGUGGUCCUUUGCUUGCUGGUGUCGCCAUCGUUGCCAUCUCUGGCUUUGCCCCGCUCGUCUUGCCCGCCACCGCGGUUCGAACUCUAGCCUGGUCUGAGAACAUCUGGCUCUAUGGCGGUCUAGCUGUGUUUGGUGGAUUCACCUUGUACGAUGUCCAGAAGAUUCUUCACCACGCUCGGAUGAGCGAGCGCGGCCUCGUCAGAAAAGAUGUUGUCAAUGAGAGCGUCAGUCUUGAGUUGGACUUCUUGAACAUCUUCAUCCGUAUGGUUCAGAUCUUGAGCAUGCGCAGCAAUAACCGGAGAUGAAGUCCGAUUGAAAAGAUGACGAGGAGGAAAGCGGUCAUUUCAGGACGUAUGCUCUACCACGGAAAGCAAAUGUUCAGCGAGGCGGCACAUCUUGGAUCAAUCUAAAUCAAGCUGUGAAAAUGUAGCAGAAAAACAGUUGAAAAUGUAUUAAUUCCACUCCUCAA